CUGUCAAAAUUUUGCAGGACGGCACAUGCAACGCUGUUUACAAGUAGGUACUAGCGACGUUUUUCUGUUUGUCGUUCAGCGUUUGUUUUUCUCUAAAUCGGGCCGUGUCUUAUACGAUGUCUUCCGGCGCCGCGGGUGUCGCAGUUUACUUGUGUUCGUGAUCUUGGAGAUCGGUUGUGACAGGUGUGAUUUGCGUAACAUCGCGGCGAUGGGCGCUAAGGCUAGCACCGCGAACGGGGGACAGAGUCCGCGAGCUAGGACAUUUUCUACGAGCUCGAGCUCGGAUGUAGUAUCCGGGGGUGCGGGGUUUAGCCUGCUGAGGGCGAUACCAGGUAUACAAGUGUCGAACGACAGGCAGCGCGCGAGAUCGCUGUCUUCAGUGCCCGAUUUACAUGCUUCCCACGAAGCUAUUGCCAUUCCUGCUAAUUCGCAAAGUUAUGAAGCAUCCGCCGCCGCUAGCCCGGACACUGAUUCGAGCUCCAACGAGGAGACCGGACCGGUGGCUGGCACGUCACUGGCUCUUGGCAGAGUGUAUGCAGCACAUUCACUGCCUUCACACAUUUGGUCCUUAAACGGUAUCAAGUGUCCAGUAUGCAGCAAGUUCGUACUUCCGGACGACAUCGAGUGCCAUCUUGUAAUGUGUCUCACGCGGCCUCGUCUCUCGUACAACGAGGACGUGCUGAGUGACUCCAAAGGAGAAUGCGUGAUCUGCUUGGAGGAGCUCUCUGCCGGCGACACCAUCGCGCGUCUGCCUUGUCUCUGCAUCUAUCACAAGGGAUGUAUAGACCAAUGGUUUGAAGUGAACAGAUCGUGCCCCGAGCAUCCCGGCGACUAGUGGCCGCGCGUCUACUCUCCGGGCCUCGGGCCCCGUCCUGGCCCCCGCGCCACGACCGGCCGCCCGCCGGGGCCCCGCGCGACGCCGGGCCCUCGCGCCACGUCCGCGCUCGUCGGCCAGCCAUGCCCGAACACGUGCCAUUGUCGCGAGUGAUAAUUUUAUACAAUGAACAGACUGCGGCCCCCGGGCCUUGUAAAUAUAAACUUAUGCUAGUGAGAUGUUUUACCAUUUAAUGAAUUAAAAUUAAAAUAAAAAAAAAUACUAAAAAACGAGGACAAUCAUAGUAUCGAUAAACGGAAUUUCUCGAUGGAGUAUUAUUGUAAUAUUAAUUGAAAAUUUUACAUCGUUAGUGUUUCGUUCAGAUGCAAUUAUUCGAGAUUCGUUUUAUAUAUAUGUAUGUAUGUAUAACGUUCGUGUAUACGUAUUGUAAAUUAUGUAUAGUGACGUCAGGUUUUGUUUUGCGGCAACUCUGAAGCGAGCGUCCGUCGCCGCCCCUACCGCCCCCUCCCCUCCACACGACGUACAUAUCUGUUCCCUAGCUUAUGUAUAAUAUAUAAUAUCAUUUGAUCUUUUUCAUCUUGAUAAAUAAACUUGAUUUGUUUCUAAAUUUUC